AUGUCUGUCGGAGCCGUCGGGGCUGACCGACCUCCGGCAGGGCUCAGGAGGACCUCCGGAGCAGGGUCAGGUAUCCCCCGGCCUCUCCUCUCUCUAACGGGGCUGACUUUGUGCGCGCAGGGCUCGGACGUGGACUGGGACGACCUGUGGGAUCAGUUUGAAGAGCGAAGGUACCUGAACGCCCGGAGGUGGAAGGGCGGCGAGGACCCAUACCGGCUCCAUGCCUUUAACCAGCGGGAGAGCGAGAGGAUCCCCAGUGACCGCGCCGUCCGCGACACCCGCCAUCACAGGUGCACGACUUUGCACUAUCGCCACGACCUCCCGCCAACCAGCAUCAUCAUCACUUUCCACAAUGAGGCCAGGUCAACCCUGCUAAGGACGAUUCGGAGCGUGCGGAACCGUACCCCUGUGCACCUCGUCCAUGAAAUCAUACUAGUGGAUGACUUCAGUGAUGAUCCUGACGACUGCCGCUUGCUGGGCAAGCUCCCCAGGGUGAAGUGCUUGCGGAACGGACGGCGAGAAGGUCUGAUCCGGUCCAGAAUCCGAGGGGCAGAUGUGGCACAAGCAGGAGUCCUGACCUUCCUUGACAGUCACUGCGAGGUGAAUAAGGACUGGCUGCUCCCUCUGCUGCAGAGGAUCAAAGAGGAUUCCACCCGAGUGGUCAGCCCCGUUAUCGACAUCAUCAACUUGGACACUUUUGCGUAUGUGGCGGCUUCCUCAGACCUCAGAGGAGGUUUUGACUGGAGUCUGCAUUUCAAAUGGGAGCAGCUUUCCCCAGAGCAGAAAGCCAAACGGCUUGAUCCCACCGAACCAAUUAAGACUCCCAUCAUUGCCGGGGGGCUGUUUGUGAUCGACAAAGCCUGGUUCAACUACCUGGGGAAGUACGACAGUGCGAUGGACAUCUGGGGUGGGGAGAACUUCG